CUCUCUCUCUCGAGGUUUUUUUUUUUUUUCCUUUUUUUCUUUUCUUUUCUUUUCUUUUCUUUUCUCAGACGAGCUGUUCUCCUCCCCUUAUCCUUCACCCGAAUUCCUUAUCCUGCUCCAAUGGCGGAGGUCAUGGACAUGCCCUUGGAAUCUCUGGAUCGGCGCCGCGAGCGGCAGCCAGACCGCCGCGACAGGACCGACGAAGAAUCGCCUCCCCCUCCGCCGCGUCGGAGGGACCGGGACUCCCGGGAACGUCGCGACGAAAGGGACGAGCGCCUGCCCAAUCGCCGCGCCGAGUACCAUGACCGGGCCCGAUCUCCCGGUCCUGUUGGAUCUUCUCGGGACAGGGAGCGGGAUUACAAGCGCAGGCUCAGCCCUAGCCCUCCUCCUUACCCCCAUCGCGAUCGUCGCCAUUCCCCGCCUCGGCGGUCCCCACCGCCCCCGUUCAAGCGGUCCCGACGGGAUGAUGGCGGGUAUGAGAAUCGCCGCGGGAGCCCUAGGUUUGGUUAUGAUUAUGGAGGAUAUGACCGUGGCUCACUGGGGGGCAGACCUGGGUAUGCUGAUGAAAGACCUCAUGGCCGGUAUAUGAAUCGCUCAUCUGGUGGUUAUCAAGAAUGGACAGAUUCGGCGCGAGCUGGUUUUCUUGAUGUUUUAAACCCAGGUGGUGCACAAAGGGAAGGCUUGAUGUCAUACAAGCAAUUCAUUCAGGAGCUUGAAGAUGAUAUACUGCCAGCUGAAGCCGAGCGCAGGUAUGAGGAGUACCGGUCGGAGUAUAUUACAACCCAGAAACGUGCCUUUUUUGAUGCUCAUAAGGAUGAAGAAUGGCUCAAAGACAAGUAUCAUCCAACAAACUUGGUCACAGUCAUAGAAAGGAGGAACGAACAAGCUCGGGCAGUUGCGAAGGAUUUUUUGUUGGAUCUACACAGUGGAGAGCUGGAUAUAGGUCCCGGUUUUAUUGCAUCAUCAUCGAUAAAAUCAGGACAGGGAAGCGAACCGAACUCCGAGGAUGAAGCGGAUAUUGGUGGCAAACGAAGAAGACAUGGAAGGGGUCCGGCAAAAGAAAGUGACCUCCUUUCAUCCGCUCCCAGGGCUCACCCUGUAAGUGCUGAUCCCAGGCGAAUCCAAGCUGACAUUCAACAAGCACAGGCGCUUAUACGUAAGCUUGACAAAGAAAAGGGCAUCGAUGACAAUGUCCUGUGCAGCAUGGAUCAAGACAAAGGGGAAGGGGAGAAGCCCCAUAGUGGAUCUAUGGGUCCACUUAUAAUUAUACGAGGUUUAAACACUGUCAAGGGCCUUGAGGGUGUUGAGUUACUUGAUACGCUGAUUACUUACCUAUGGCGCAUCCAUGGUUUAGACUACUAUGGCAUGUCUGAGACAAAUGAAGCGAAGGGUCCUCGGCAUGUGAGAGCAGAGGGCAAAGGUUAUGAUGAAACAAAUAAUGUUGGGCCUGAGUGGGAAAAGAAGCUUGACUCAUUCUGGCAAGGAAGGUUACAUGGUCAGGAUCCCUUGGAAAAAAUGACAGCCAAGGAGAAGAUAGAUGCAGCUGCUGUUGAAGCUUUAGAUCCUUAUGUUAGGAAAAUAAGGGACGAGAAGUAUGGGUGGAAGUAUGGCUGUGGAGCAAAGGGCUGCACAAAACUCUUCCAUGCUGCUGAGUUUGUGCAUAAGCAUCUGAGACUGAAGCACCCAGAGCUUGUGUUGGAGCUGACUUCGAAGGUGCGCGAGGAUCUGUACUUCCAAAACUAUAUGAAUGAUGCAGAUGCACCUGGUGGGACGCCUGUGAUGCAGCAAUCAGUACCGAGGGAUAAGCCACAGCGGCGUAGACCAGGUUCAGAUAACCGUUUGAGGGAUGAUCGUGGCAACCGCAGGGACCAAGAAAGGGUUGAUAGAGUAAAUGAUGAAGAAAGGUAUGAUAGGAACGAGAACUCGCCAUCUCGUGAUUUGCAGUCCAACACUAGUGGACUGGAAGGGGGUAAUCCUGAUGAUACGAUAUAUGAUGCUUAUGGUGGACAAGGCAUGCGCGGUGCUCCCCCCUUCGCUUCGGAUAUACCUCCUCCACCUGUACUGAUGCCUGUACCUGGUGCUGGGCCACUGGGACCUUUUGUUCCAGCUCCCCCUGAAGUUGCCAUGCGCAUGCUGAGGGAGCAGGGUGGACCAGCUCCUUAUGAAGGCAAUGGUGGUCCACGUGGUAGGAAAGGGAGGUCUGGCCCUCAAGUUGGGGGUCCGGCACCAAUCCUUGCUGUAUCUCCAGCAUUCCGUCAGGAUCCUAGACGCAUCCGGAGUUAUCAAGAUCUCGAUGCUCCAGAAGAUGAAGUCACUGUUAUUGAUUACAGGAGUUUGUAGACAGGUUUCGUUUCCACUUCAAGCCAUGACGAGAACUUUGUUGACUGUUUAAAAUGGGGAAAGAAAUGGAAUCAUGCGCCUCUGGUUUGGGUUUCUACAGCUAUUGGAUCUUCAUUUUUCAUUGCUGGAAAGAAAAAAUAUCACUUGUUUUGUAUUAUAUAGCAAACAAGAUGUAUACUCUGUCGGUGGAAGCUGCUUGUCGUGUUUUUGAAUGGGAAUACCACCCACCAACAAGAGUUACAGGCGAUAACUUGAUUUUGGAAAUUUGAGAUAACCGACUCUUCAAGGAAUAGGACUGAAAAUUGGAUUUUCUUUGGGUUGUAUUUGUGGAAAUCACUUUAAGCGGUGGUGGUUUUUGCGUUGUUGUCUUGGUUGGAUA